CUGCUUCCACUUCUUCACAGAGAGCAGCUGUUGGUGAUGAUUUCUGGUUCAUGUGUCUACAAGUCCAGAUCUGGUAUUGUGAGUAUUGACGAGUUGAAUGAUCCUCCUGUUCUAACAUGGGAACCUGUCGAGAGCGAGGGAAACCCUCUUUCGUUGCGUGUGUCCUUGAGACUGAUCUGUGGUUUGCAGGCCAAUGCUCCAACGUCUGAUAAGAUGAAGAUAAGAAUCCAGUACAAAGUCGAUGCCAAUGCUGAUCCCAAGCCAAUCAAUUUUGUCUUCAAGAGUCGAGUCACUAUGAACAAGAUCAAGGAUUCCUUGCAAGUCUUUGUUUCGAGACAAAAAUUGGCCAUGCGAGCUCAAGAGCUCCAGGAAGAGAAAGAGAAGCAAAACAAAUUGAAGGGCAAGUCCACUUUCCAAAACACCAAUGACAGGGGCACCUCAAUUGACGACAUUUUGGAUUUCAAGAAAUUGAUAAAGGAUUUCGAUUUGCAGAAGGAGUUUUUAUCCAAAAAUCCAAUGAUAUUUAAAACUUUUCAGGAAACCGUUAUUGAAAACAAGCUUACUCCUGUUGAAUUUUGGAGUGCUAGAAUCCAUUUAUUAAGAACUUUUGCAUUGCAAUCUGCUCAGAAAAGAGGGCCAUAUAAUGUAUUGAGUACGAUCAAACCCGUUGAAGAUGACGAUCGUCAGUCAAAUAUUUCCUUGACAAGAGAAAAGAUAUUUUUAAUGUUUGAGCAGUAUCCCAUUAUCAAAAGAGCCUACGACGAAAAUGUUCCAAGAAUGAGCGAGGGCGAAUUUUGGUCUAGAUUUUUCAGUUCUUUAUUAUUUCGAAAAUUAAAAGGCGAAAAAAUUAAAAGAAAUGACACUGGUGAUGUCAUUUUAGAUAAAUAUUUGAAAAUGGACUUGAAUCAAUCCUUGAAUGAUACAAUCCCCAAUGUCAUUUCAAAUACAAAUGUUUCUGAAAAUAGCAUAAACAAUCAAGAUAAUAACAUUCAUAUUAAUCGUUUUAUAAAUCUCGAUGCAAAUGAACAAGACGUUUCCCAAAAAUUGGGUAACAGACCUGAUUUUACAAUGAGGACUGAUAAAAACGAUGAAAUUGUUCCAAUACUAAAAGGAAUGAACAAAUUAAGUAAAAAAUUAGUCGAUCUUUCUCAUGACGAGUUUUCUAAUCCUUCAAAAAGACGGUUUUUGGAUUCCCAGGAGGAAUUGAAUUCUAUAUUGGAAAAAGAAACCGAAGAGUUGAUCUUAUCUGACUUGGAAGACUCCUUUAAAACUGAAUAUAUAGAACUAAAUAUUCAGAAUAAAAAUACCCGUGGCUUACAGAAAAAAAAAAGUAAAUUAAAUAACAUACUUGUCAAUUUUUCAAAGGAGGAUGAACUAAGAAUCUUAAAUUAUGAAAAAACUCUAUUUAAUAAACCUUUGGAUUUUAAAUCUGUAUUUUCAAAUAAAGAAUGUAUAGACCAGAUUUCUUCUAAAGUUAACAUGACUGCAAAGAUCAAUUCAAAACAGUCAAAACAAUCAUGGCAAGCUUCAAAACUUUCAACAUCUAAUACCCUAAAUGCAACUAAUCUUUUAAAUAAUACUUCAGACCAAAUUGAGGAUAAAAUAUUCGGAACUGUUGCUUUGGAAGCAUUAAGAAGAACUCAUAUAACAUCUGUUGAAUUUUUAAGGCACUUUUGGAUUGUUUUCUCUUCAGGAGAUCCCUCUCAAUCAAAAUCCCUUCAAAAACUAUAUACAAGUAUCAAAAAAUGUGAUGACAGAGUAACUUCAGUCAUUGAAAGUCUUCCAGACAAAGAAAAAAAAGAUAGAGCUCUAAUAUAUUUAAAACCAUUGAAAGAUUCUCUUAAUAGAGCCAUUCUGGAAUUUGCAAGAGUUGUACGAGAGAGUAAUAAUCAAUCAAGAGCAGCUACUCCUAUCAACAAAUGAUUGUAUAUUUUCCAAUGCAAUCAUUUAUAUAUUAUAUUUAAAUUUAAACCGGUAUAUAAAACAUGCAAUUAUAUUGUUUAUAUGUAUAGUAUUUUUUACUGAAAGGACAGUAAAGAAAAAUUAAAAUAAAAAUAAAAAUAUUCUUACAAAAAAUACUCUUUUUAAAAAG